ACUGUUUUACAGUUUAGCAUUGAACUCGAACAAGAGUUCGCAAAAAACGCAUACCAAUUUUAACUUCUGCUGAGUACUGAGUACAAAGUGCCUGCGCGCGUCUGUGCCAAAAGGCAGCUACGACUAAAAUAAAUAAUAUAUCGGAGUGGCGUAAAAAUAAUUAAAAUUAGAAAAAAAGAAGCGCAGUAUAAAUUCAGUGGCUGUUAAACGUAACGUUGCAACUAGGUCUCGGUUAUUCGGAGUAAAGCUGAAUUGUACACAUUCCUUCAAAAUAAGCUCCUCGGAACGCAGCCCUACCCAAGCAAUCCUAUUUAAAAAAGGCAGCACAUCGAGUUCGUCGCUAAAGUCUUUUGUUUAUUUUUUUUUAAACGCGUUCAAGUGAAAAAGCGAAGCCGUACAACAACAACGUUAUUUGGCGAAAAAAAAAUAUAAAAAAAAUUCCAAACUCAUAGCAGCAAGCACUGAAAAAUGUACUCAGAACAACAAAAUUUGGUCCUUGUGACAUUACUUAGCAGCUGUGUGCUGCUCGCGUCUGCGGCAAGCUCGAAUUUUCCCGCUGAUAUACCGCGUUGCCGUGUUGCCGAUACGGAGUGUAUAACGCGCACCUCAACAAAUUUGGUACAUCAAUAUGCGCGUACCGGCUAUCCCUCUGCUGGGUUUCCCAUCAUUGAACCUUUUAUCAUAAAACGGUUUGACAUUUCGGAUGGCCGUACUGGUUCGUUGAAUUUGAAACUGAAUUUCCGUGAUGUGAGUGUGGAGGGAUUGUCCGGCGUUAAGAUGGAUCGUUCUGUUGGAUUCGAGCGUGAUCCAGCUAAGAGCAAGUUUGAAAUGUAUGGAUCAUUUCCGAAAAUUACACUUCGCGGUAAAUAUGUUGCCGAUGGUCGUAUCCUAAUUUUGCCAAUCAGAGGUGACGGCGACGCUGAUAUUGUUCUGCAUAACCCUAAAUUCUCCGUUAAGUUCAAGCCAGCGAUUCACCCAAAAGAUGGCAAAACCUAUUUGAGCGUUGACAAGCUGAAAGUGUUGGUGGAACCGGAAAGAAUGAGCAUGAAAUUAACCAAUCUCUUUAAUGGUGAUCAGGCGCUUGGUGGCAACCUAAAUGAGUUCUUAAACCAAAAUUGGAACGAAGUUUGGAAUGAACUGCAACCCUCCAUUCAUGUAGCCAUUGCUGAGGUGGUGAAGAGUAUAUUGCAGACACUCUUCAAGCGAUUCGCUUACGAUGAUUUGUAUGCGGAUUAAGACAUACUGACUACGAACAAUAUUAAUAAUGAUAUCAGAUGAAUCAAAUAUCAGAACGAGUUCUCAAGCUGUAUUUUAUUAUCGGUUUAUCUUUACUAAAAACGUAUUUUUAUUUAUUUUCAAAAAAGAAAAAGUGAUUUGGAAUUUUUUAAUUUUUUAAUACGUGUGAUGUAAAAGCAAGCAGUAAGAGUGUUUUGUGUGUCCGGACCUGCUGCUACAUUGUCAUUAUUGGGUUUGAUAAAAAUUGUUUGUGUGUUAUUUUAUUUGAUAAGACUUUAUAAUUAUACAAAUUAUAUAAAUUUUUACUAAGUGAUGUGUGAUUCUGUUUUGGCUUAAAUGAGGUAAUCCAAAAUUGUAUAUAAAUCAUAAGCAAUAAAUAACAAAGUGAUAAGAAGCUAUUUGAUUAAACAUCAUCA